AUGUCUCGACGACGUCGACACGUCCGCGACCUGGCGUCGGACGACGUCGUCGAGCUCGACGACGACGACGUCGUGUGCGUCGCGGUCGCCAACCUCGGCUCAAACUUACUCGACGUCGAGCGCGGCGACGACGGCACGCGGGCGAUCGUGCGAGUGCCGAAUAAGUUUAAGGAUCUCGCGCGGUUUCGGAAGGGCACGCACGUCGUCGCCGCGUUCGCGGAGGCGGCGACGCGAGAGGGAGAACGGGUGACGGGAGAGGUGCGACGCGUGCUGUACGAGACGCAGAGGAAGGAAUUGCGGAAAAGGAACGACGGAAGCUGGCCGGAGCGGUUCGAGGAGAGGGACGUGAUUGGUGAGGGCGAUGCAGACGCGGGAGACGGGUGCGCGAUGGGACGGGAGUUGCGGAAGGCGCUGAACGACGCGGAGGCGGAGGACAACGAGGCGGCGGCUGUGAGAGACGACGACGACGGCGACGACGACGACGACGACGACGACGAUUUACCUCCAAUAUCGGUGAACCAAAACCGUCGUCGCGUCGUGACGUACGUCGACAGCGACGAGAGCGAUAGCGAUAGCGAUAGCGAUUAG